GUCAGGUGCCGCCAUACUCAAAUUUGUCAUACUUUGUCUUUGUCUACAAAUUUCUCCGCAAGUAUUGGUCAAGGUCGGAGGUCAUCAUGUCGGACAUGGAAAAUGACGUGGUCGUGAAGCAGGAGGAGGGGGAGGGGGAGACCUCCCCAGCCGGCGAGGCGGCGACGACAACGACGGAAGCGGAGGCGGCACCCGCGGAGGAGGCGCCCGCGCCGGCGGCGGAGGUGGCAGCAGAGGGCAGCACCGAGGCGGGGCCAGAAGAGGAUGAACCGAUGGAGACGGAGUCUGCGCCGACGACGGCCGAGACGCCGGCGGCGGACACGGUGACGCAGAAGGAGGAGGAGGAGGCAGAGGAGGAGGAGGAGCCGGCGGCAGCAGAGCAGUCGGAAGAUUACGCGAAGCUGACGGGGCAGGGACUGGACGGCAAGGUCGCGACCGAGAUCGAGAUCAUAUACCAGGAGGGCAUAAUGACGUCUGGGGAGCUGGACGAUCGCGCCGUUGACGCCCUCAAGGAGUUCCCGGUAGAGGGCGCCUGCACUGUGCUGAAGCAGUUCCGCGAGACGAACCUGGAGCACGUGACAAACAAGAGCGCAUACCUGUGCGGCAUGCUGAAGACCUUCCGGACGAGGAAUCGCAUGAAGGGCGAUCAAAUCAGUCAGGCGAAGGGACCGGACGAGGCAAAGCUGAAGGAGAUCCUGAGUCGGACCGGCUACACGCUGGACGUCACUACAGGACAGAGGAAGUACGGAGGGCCUCCGCCGGACGCUGAGGGACCGCCCCCCGGAACGGGAUGUGAGGUUUUCUGCGGGAAGAUUCCCAAGGACAUGUUUGAGGACGAGCUGGUUCCCGUGUUCGAGCCGUGCGGGAAGAUCUGGGAUCUGCGUCUAAUGAUGGAUCCGCUGACGGGCCAGAAUCGCGGAUACGCCUUCAUCACGUUCUGCGACAAAGAGGGCGCCGCCGAGGCCGUCAAACGGAUCGACGGGCACGAGAUUCGUAAGGGCAAGAAGAUCAAGGUGAACAUAUCGGUGGCCAAUCAGCGCAUAUUCGUCGGGAACAUUCCGAAGAAUCGAGAUCGCGCAGAGAUAUCAGCAGAGUUCUGUCAGCACACGUCGGGCCUGGUAGAGGUCAUCAUCUACAGCUCCCCUGACGACAAGAAGAAGAAUCGCGGGUUCUGCUUCCUAGAGUACGAGUCGCACAAGGCCGCCUCACUCGCCAAGCGUCGCCUCAGCACUGGCCGCAUACGCCCGUGGAACUGCGACAUCAUCGUCGACUGGGCCGACCCCAUAGAGGAGCCGGACGAGGCAACGAUGUCACAGGUCGGUGGAGGUCGUGGGGGUCGGUGGAGGUCACGGCCGUUUGGUAUUAAUGUCGGCUUCCAGGGGGCACUUAACGUGAAUCCCGUGAACCUCGAUAGAGAAGUCACCGAGGAGAAGAUGAAGGAAUACUUCGAGCCGUUCGCAAGAUUGAGGCGGAGUCAAGAAGAUCAAGGGACUACGGGCUUUGUCCACUUCGACGGAGGCGGAGACGACUGCGUCAAGGCGAUGGAGGAGAUGAACGGCAAAGAGCUAGAGGGCGCCACGUUGGAGAUCUCGCUGGCGAAGCCGCCGACAGACAAGAAGAAGAAAGAGCAGCGGAUGCGGGAGCAGGAGCGACGGCUGAUGAUGAUGCGCGGGUGA